AUGGGAGGCCGCCAAAGCAAACCGCACAGCAGCUCUCCGCCUGGAGCCAAGCAGCGACACACGGCACUGGAGCAGAGCUUGGUGCAACCUAGAGCCUACACAGACAAUGAGUGGGACGAGGUUAUUUCACGCGUUCGCGCUCACGAGCGGCAGCUAUUCUCCAAGAAACAACAGCUCUUUGAGGCGGCAAGUACCGCAUACAAAAAAGGACAGGGAGCAGAGGCAAAGCGGCUCUCUCGAACUGCUCAUCAAACCGAUGAGAAGUAUCGGAGGGCACGUCAGGAAGCCUCGGUAACAAUUUUGCACCUAAGGAACCAUGGGAAACCUGCGGAUACUUUAGACCUACAUGGCCAAUAUGUUGAGGAGGCUCUCUCGUUCACCAAACAACGACUCAAGGAGCUGCGGAAUAUAAACAAUGCGCAACGUACAUCGAGUCUGUUGAUCAUAACAGGUGCCGGACACCAUAGCGAAGACGGUCGAGCGAAAAUUCGGCCGGCAGUACUGAAUUUUCUCCGGAAGAAGGGAUAUUCCUUCAAAGAAGAAGGUCCUGGGGCUUUCAGGGUUCAUUUGGGCGCGGAAAGCACAGAGGGAUGCUUCGCGUCUCUACUUCGGAUGCUGGGCCUGAAAAAGUGA